CUGAGGCAAAGACCAUGAAUAUCAAAGGCAACAACAGUUUUGACUUCUCUCGUUUUCAUCGGUCCGUUUGUACUUCUUCUGAUAAAAACAAAAAUUUUGCAAAAUCUAACAACAAAAUCUUUGAUUCGACAAACUUUGUAACAAAAAAAAUCGAAACUUUGCAAUUUUUACAGAAUGAGUUCGUCGCUGCGACAGUGGUUUGCUAGAGUACUCGUGCUUACACAGCUCAUCAAUGGAGCUCUGUGUUGGGGAAAAGAAGGUCACUACACAGUCUGCAAAAUAGCCGAGAGCUACUUUGAGGAAGAAACUGUAGCUGCGGUGAAGAAACUUCUACCUAAAUCAGCUGAUGGAGAUCUAGCAUCUGUUUGCUCAUGGCCUGAUGAGAUUAAGCACCAUUGGCAAUGGCGAUGGACUAGCCCUUUGCACUAUGUUGACACACCUGAUUACAGAUGCAACUACGAGUAUUGUCGUCCGUUUAUUCUUCCCUCUUCCAAUUGCUUACCUGUUUUCAUAUCCGAAAUCCAAUCUAUAUGUUGUGUUUGUGAAGGGGAUUGCCAUGAUACUCAUAAGAAUCAAGACCGGUGUGUGACAGGAGCUAUUUUCAAUUACACUAUGCAACUUAUGUCCGCUUCUGAAAACUCGGAUACUAUAGUCCACUACAACUUGACAGAGGCUCUCAUGUUCUUAUCACAUUUUAUUGGAGAUAUUCACCAGCCCUUGCAUGUUGGUUUUCUGGGAGAUGAAGGUGGAAACACGAUAACAGUCCGCUGGUACCGUCGCAAAACAAAUUUACACCAUGUCUGGGAUAACAUGAUAAUUGAGUCUGCUCUUAAAACAUACUACAAUAAAAGUCUUCCACUCAUGAUUGAAGCACUUCAAGCCAAUCUUACGAACGACUGGUCAAAUGAUGUUCCAUUGUGGGAGUCAUGUCAACUUAACCAAACGGCCUGUCCAAAUCCGUAAGCAUAUAUAAAUAUAUCAUUUUCUGUCAAGAAUCAAGAUACCUAUAUGAUUAGUUCUUUGCAGCAAUGUUAAACGCAGAAAGAUGGAUAAAAUUUUGUGUAAAGAGAUCUAAAAAGUUGAUGGAUCGCAGAGAAAUAUGGUUGUAGCUUUCAUAUUGAUUUUCCUAAUUACAUCAUUGUCGAGUCAGUAUUGUUUUGGAUUCUUUUCAGGUACGCAUCUGAAAGCAUAAAUCUAGCCUGCAAGUAUGCUUAUAGGAACGCUACCCCAGGGACUACUUUAGGAGAUGACUAUUUCCUCUCUCGGUUACCCAUUGUGGAGAAGAGACUUGCGCAAGGUGGGAUACGCUUGGCAGCCACUCUUAACCGUAUCUUUUCUUCAAAACCUAAGCAUGCUGGAUCAUGAAACUGAGAUAAAUAUUCCCAAGACCACUCUGUUAGCUCCUUUUUUUUUUUUUUUUUUUUUUUGCACAACUCUGUUAGCUCCUUUAGCUCAUGUAAUGCUUAGUUUUUGGAGAAGCUAUGCUUGCUUACUUGAUAAGUUGAUAUCACCCAACAACCAUAUAUCUUGAUAUCUUUAUUAAUAAACACAGUUUUUCAGAAAUGUUAAACAGCUGGAAAACUUCC